CUUAAAAUCUGCUUGAAAUGGUUGUGGACAAAUAUGCACACAGAACAGACGAAGUUUUUAGUCUUCUUUGGUGACUAGAAGGAGUGGACACAUGUUCAGUCAAGUCUCUGAAGUGAACGUCCUCCAUUAAAAGCUAGUCCAAGGAGGUUCCUAGUAAACUAAAAAGACUCCAUUUUUUUGUGUCUUUAUAUGGUUUUUUCCACAUAACAGAAUACCCAUUAGAAUCUAAGCUCAGUUGGUUUAACUUUUGUGGCUAUGUGAAUUCAUUCCCUUUGAACGGUAUCCUGAAUUUAAGCUCAUCAAAUGUAUGCAGCACUGCAACUGAAACACUCAAUUCAGCUAUUUUUCUGUGUAUUGAACAGUUAGCAGAUCUUGAUCAGUAUGGGCUCUAUUCCAACGACGGCGAUGGAGGAGGACGACAAUUACACGAAAGACGGGACUGUAGAUUAUCUUGGAAAUCGUGCCGAUAAGAACAAAACUGGAACCUGGAAGGCCUGUCCAUAUAUCAUAGGAAAUGAAUGUUGUGAAAGAUUGGCAUAUUAUGGUAUGAGCUCCAAUCUGGUGACUUAUUUCAAGUAUCGAUUGAACCAGCACAGCGCGACUGCAACCAGAAGCAAUUUGAAUUGGAGUGGAACAUGCUACAUUACUCCAUUGAUAGGAGCAUUUCUGGCUGAUGCUUAUCUUGGAAGAUACUGGACUAUUGCCUGUUUUUCAAUCGUUUAUGUUUUUGGAAUGACACUGUUGACAAUGUCAGCAUCUGUUCCAGGCCUAAGGCCGACGUGUUAUGCAGAUGAUAAGUGUCAUGCAUCUGAAACACAAACUGCAGUGUGUUUUGUAGCACUUUAUAUCAUAGCACUUGGGACUGGAGGGAUUAAGCCCUGUGUUUCAUCUUAUGGAGCUGAUCAAUUUGAUGAUACCGACGAGACGGAGAAGCAGCACAAGAGUUCUUUCUUCAAUUGGUUUUAUCUGUCGAUCAACGUCGGCGCUCUUAUUGCUGGUUCAGUGCUGGUUUGGGUGCAAGAGAAUGUGAGUUGGGGAUGGGGUUUUGGGAUUCCAGCAAUGGCAAUGGGGAUUGCUGUUGUGACCUUCUUUUGGGGUUCUAAAUUGUACCGGAACCAAAAUCCCGGAGGCAGCCCUAUCACAAGACUCUCUCAGGUUCUUGUUGCAUCUUUCAGGAAGUACCAAGUACAAGUUCCUGCUGAUAAGUCCCUUCUCUAUGAAACAGCAGAGGCAGAGUCCAAUAUUCAAGGAAGUCGAAAGCUUGAUCACACAGAAGAUCUUAGGUUCUUUGAUAAGGCAGCAGUGGACACUAGAACAGACCAAGUAAAAGAUUCAGUUGAUCCAUGGACACUUUCCACUGUAACUCAAGUUGAGGAGCUAAAAUCAAUCAUUCGUUUGCUUCCUAUAUGGGCUACUGGUAUAAUCUUUUCUGCUGCUUACAGUCAAAUGGGAAGCUUAUUUGUGCUACAAGGUCAAACAAUGGACACUAGAUUUGGCAAGUCCAACUUUAAGAUCCCAGCAGCGUCGCUUUCAAUAUUCGACACUCUCAGCGUCAUCUUCUGGGUGCCCGUCUACGAUCGAAUAAUCGUUCCGAUCGCAAGAAAGUUCACCAGAGAAAAGAACGGCAUAACUACAUUACAAAGAAUGGGGAUUGGCCUAUUCAUAUCCAUCUUUUCAAUGAUCGCCGCAGCGAUUCUAGAAGUCGAAAGACUGAAAAUGGUGAAAAGGGACAACUACUAUGCAAGAGAUUGGAUACCCAUGUCAAUUUUCUGGCAGAUUCCGCAGUAUUUCCUGAUAGGAUGUGCAGAAGUAUUCACAUUUAUAGGGCAAUUGGAGUUCUUCUAUGAGCAAGCACCAGAUGCUAUGAGAAGCAUGUGUUCUGCUCUGUCACUCACCACUGGUGCACUUGGGAGCUAUUUGAGCUCUCUAUUGGUGACAAUUGUUACAAGUGUGAGUACUAAGAAUGGAAAGGUUGGAUGGAUACCAGAUAACUUGAAUUAUGGCCGUUUGCAUUACUUCUUUUGGCUUUUGGCAGUGAUGAGUGUGCUGAAUUUAGGUGCCUUUCUCUUGAUUGCUAAGAGGUAUACUUAUAAAAAGGCAGUGGGAACUCUCAGUUGAUUGUUUCUCAAAAACUAUGAAUAAACUUUUUCUGGUUAAAGAAUGAUUAAUCUCCUCCUAAUGUUACUGUAUGUGUAUUAACACAGCUAAGCAAUUUGAAGACAACAAGCUCUUUGUGUUUGCGAUUAUAAUUU